GGAGCCGCCGCUAGUGGAGCCGCCGCUAGUGGAGCCGCCGCUAGUGGAGCCGCCGCUAGUGGAGCCGCCGCUAGUGGAGCCGCCGCUAGUGGAGCCGCCGCUAGUGGAGCCGCCGCUCCGGCCCCGAGUGCGCAGGCGCGGGCGGCGCGCACGCUCCUGCCCGGAAGCGGCGCGGCGGGCGCGGGCGGUUUGAAGGCGAUGGAGCCGCCGGGCGCCGCUGCUCCCGCAGCGCCCCGGGCCGGGGAUCGGGCCGCGCUCUCCCCGCAGCAGAGCGGCCCGCACGGCCCCCGCGGCGGGGAGCGCCGCGCCGCCGCACACGGGCAGCGCCGGGCCGGGAGCGAGGCCGCGGACCGUGGCGGGGAGGCCGCGGAGGCCGCGGAGGCCGGCCGGGGCUGGCGGGGCAGCAGCAGUGUGCUGUGCUUCUCUUCCAGCAGUGACGAUGAGGAAUUUGAAAUGUUUUUAGCUAGAUUGAAAACUCCGAAAUCUGUUUCUAAAAAGGCGGAAGCAAGUUUGAAGGACUUUAUUGAUGACUCAGAUGAUGUCUUCUUGGACUUGAAAGUGCAAAAGAGCACAACAAAGAAUGCACAGAAAGAUCUUCGGACCCCAAAGAAGCGGAUGACUCCUGCAAAGAAAAACAGUUGCUGCCAAAAAUUGCAGUAUUCAGAGGCUUCAAGUGACACUGAAUGUUCUGUCUUUGUCGAAAGUCCAUGGCCUGGCUACCGAAAACAGAGAGUGACAGACCUGAAAGAGACGGGGAGCUGCACAGAACUCCCACCUCCCCAAAAUCCACGAGAACCCGUUUCCAGAGGCAGCCCAGACCUGCCUGUCAGGAGGAAAGCAAGCAGCUGUGAAAAGGAUGUAGAGAAUGAAGUGCCAAGUGCGGCACCACGACAAAGUAGAGAGGUAGAAUCAGGCAGCUCCGAUGAUGAAUUUGAAUCAUUAAUAGAACGGAUAAUGAAACGCUUUACACCCCGACAACCAGUCUUAAGCACGAGCAGAACUGUCUAUCAGCCAAGCGCAACUGAAAACAUGAGGCCACCCUGUGAGGACGCCCAGCGCCUGAAAGGGGAGGGAGUCAAGACACCAAGGCCAAACUCCCUUUUGCUUCAGGAAACACCUUCCAGGACAGUGGCUUCUGGAAGGACUCCGAGAAAUGAUUUGGUCAGUUGCUCACAGUCAGCCAAGACAGAGAGAAAGCCCAGGGUGUGCUCAGUGCCCGGCUGUUUCUUGCAAGAUCUCUCAAAUCCGUCUUCUGACUAUGUGAAGUAUUUCAAGAAAAAUAAGGAGGAGCUGGCACAGAAGCUCUUCUCUCUGUAUAACAGUACCAUCUUUGAGCAGAAGCUACCAGAGAAAAUGGUAAUAAUCUGGAAUAAGAAAAUGAGAAAAACAGCAGGAUAUUGUGUAAGUGGGCUGACAAAAGGUCCUGAAGCAAAGCGUUAUGCUCGCAUAGAACUUUCAGAGAAAGUCUGUGACUCUGCAGAUCGUCUUCGAGACACGCUGGUUCAUGAGCUUUGUCAUGCAGCCACCUGGCUGAUCAAUGGUGUUCGCAACGGACACGGACAAUUCUGGAGAUUCUAUGCCAAUAAAUCAGUGAUGAUUCAUCCAGAACUGCCAGUAGUAACACGAUGCCACAACUAUGAAAUUAAUUACAAAUACACCUAUGUGUGCGUCCUGUGCAAAGCUACGAUUGGCCGUCAUUCCAAGUCUCUGGACACAGAGCGCUGCAUGUGCGCGUUCUGCGGGGGGGAGCUGGUCCUGAGCCAGCCUGUGCGGAAGGACGGCACUCCUGCCAGGACGCAACUCACACCCUUUGCAAAGUAUGUGAAAGAAAACUAUGGACUUACUAAAAGAGAGCAGCAUGGGCUGAGUCACACCGAAGUCAUGCGGAAACUCAGUGCUGAUUUUGCUUUAAAAACCAGGCUUCAGGAUUCCUUGUGAUACCUCAAUACGCCUCCUUUCUUGAUGCCACUUAGACUCAUACUACUACAUACAAAACUUAACAUGAGUCUAAGAAUGUGCUUUGGAGGAUUCCAGGUAAUUGUAGUAUUUUUAUCAUUAAAUGCUUCUAAUAAAGAAGUGAAUAAAUGACUCUGCACUCCAAUUCAAUGUGAAUCACGCUAGAGCCAUUUAUUACAGAAACAAGCCUCCUUGUAUAUGCAACUACUCUUCGAUCACGCGUCCACACUCCAAUCAUGCAUUCACUAAUUGGAUAUCAUCUAUGUUCACAAGAGUCUCACUGCUGAUAGGUCCAUUGAUUUACAUCGUGUUGAGGCCUUGUUAUUGUAGAAAUGCCUCACUCCCACGGCAGGUCCUGUUUUCAGCUUUCCAAGGUGGCCUUGAACUUCCUUUGGGCCUGCCUAGUUCAGUAACAGAUCUUCAUCCACUAGAAACCCAUCCACAGAAACUCAGUGCUGAUUUUGCUUUAAAAACCAGGCUUCAAGAUUCCUGGUGAUAUCUCAAUAAGCUUCCUUUCUUGAUGCCACUUAAAUUUUGUAUGUAGUAGUAUGAGCCUAACGUGAAUCUAAGAAUAUGCUUUGGAGGAUUCCAGAUUAUUGUAAUAUUUUAACAUUAAAUACUUCUAAUAAAGAAGGCCCUAGGGCCUUUUCUAAAAUGGGCAA